CCGUCCAGCAGGCCGUGCAGCACGAACCUGCUGCUGCGGUGGGCGGCGGCGGCGGCCACCAGGCGCCCCAGCAGCACGUGCGGGAGCAGGACCGGCUGAUGCCGAUCGCGAACGUGAUCAGGAUCAUGCGGAGGGUGCUGCCGACGCACGCGAAGAUAGCGGACGACGCCAAGGAGACGAUGCAGGAGUGCGUGUCGGAGUACAUCAGCUUCAUCACCAGCGAGGCCAACGAGCGGUGCCAGCGCGAGCAGCGCAAGACCAUCACCGCCGACGACAUCCUCUGGGCCAUGUCCCGGCUCGGCUUCCAGGACUACGUCGAGCCCCUCUCCGUCUUCCUCCACCGCUACCGCCAGGCCGAGGGCGACCACCGCGGCUCCCUCCGCCCCGACCUCCUCCCCAUCGCUCCCCUCCUCAAGCGCCACAGCAGCAGCAGCAACUCCCACCAAUCCAAUCUCGCCUUUCCACUGCUUCCGCCGCCGCCUCCGAUGCCGAUGCCGAUUCUCCAUGACGAAGCACCCCCCAUGACUGCGCACCCGCUGCCGCUGCCGCUGCCGCUGCCGAGCUUCGCCACUGCUGCUGUUAUGCCGCCAUCGCAGAUGCUGCCGCCAUUCACUGCUGCUGCUGUUGUGCCGCCGCCGCAGCAUAAUCCGUUCGGGCAGAUGUACGGCGGAGACGGAAUGCUCGGAGGGUACUACGCUGCGGUGGGGAUGUACGGAGAUGCGGGCGGCGGUGGCGAGAGCACCUCCUCCUAUGUUCCCGCGAUUGCACCGCCCAACUUCGACCACCACCAUCCUUACGCCGCCUUCAAGUAG